GCAUCUUUGACAACCAGAAGUAGUCUCGGACUGGAGCGACGGCUAACUCGUUCUCGCAUCCUGCAGCCUCGUGCUACACGCAGAGUUGUUUUAAAUGUCACGUGUGAUGUCCAACUGUCGUGUCGGAAUGCUUCGGGCAACCUAUGGCUGACGAAUGUCCCUCACACUGACCGCCAUGAGCAACAGCGCCGUGACCGAGGACCAGAGGUCAGGGUCCGGACCAACGCCUCAGCCUUCCCGGGGCCCCUAUAUCUCAGUUAUCACCAACAGGACCACCAACCUGUUCAUCCGAGGGGCCAUGCUGUUCUCUGUGGGCGUCUUCCUGGCUCUGGUGCUGAACUUACUUCAGGUGCAGAGGAACGUCACCCUCUUUCCCCCCGAUGUCAUCAGCAGCAUCUUCUCCUCGGCCUGGUGGGUCCCGCCCUCCUGUGGCACAGCCUCAGCGAUGAUCGGGCUGCUGUACCCGCGCAUCGACAGCUUUCUGGGGGAGCCGCACAAGUUCAAGCGGGAGUGGUCCAGUGUGAUGCGCUGCGUGGCCGUGUUUGUGGGCAUCAACCACGCCAGUGCCAAAGUGGACUUUGCCAAUAACGUGCAGCUGUCUCUGACUCUGGCGGCGCUCUCCAUCGGCCUGUGGUGGACCUUUGACCGCUCCCGCAGCGGCUUCGCCUUGGGAGUCGGCAUCGCCCUGUUGGCCACGCUGGCCACUCAACUGCUGGUUUAUAAUGGCGUCUUUCAGUAUACGUCCCCAGACUUCCUGUAUAUUCGCUCCUGGUUACCUUGCAUCUUCUUUGCUGGGGUGAUAACGAUGGGAAACAUAGGACGUCAGCUCGCCUUGUAUGAAUACAAAUUCAUUCAGGAAAAGACGCAUCAGGACUGAGGAUCUCUCCAGGCCUCUGAAACCAGAGAGCGUCUGCACGCAGCAUCAACGACGACUCGCCGGCCUUCGAGGAGCCAGUUGGGCGUGUCAAACGAGACCCCAGCUCCUGAUUGGCUGCCUGGUGCUCUCUGCUGAACAGUAUUUUGAUUGGCUGUCGUCAGGCCAUCCAGGUCCCGGGACAUCUGCAGGCUCUAUUGUUACCUGAGCUGAACAAUGACAGCGGAGUUUCUCGUGUUUUUUUUCUUAUUCUUCGGUGCAGUUUAUCUCCACUUACCUGGGACGGGAUUAGCAGCGAAGCAUCUAUCGUUCUUCACAUCAGCUGCAAUGUUUGAACAUAAACGCACCACAGGGGAUCAGCUCUUAUCUCCAGAGUCGUCCACGGAUCAGUGGAUAAAACACACAGCCGAGCUGAGCUGUAUCUAAACGGAUAUCUUUAUCUACCAAACAGUUUAUUGUAUGUAAUUAGCUUAUAUCUACACUUAGUUUUUUCCUUGAUAAAGGGAUGAUGUGUCCUGUCUGCUUAUCACCAACAUGGACUCCUCUGAACCAAAGGAAGAAGGGAUGACGCUCUGAGGAAGUGAUACCUUUUUUUCUGAAAGAAUUCCUUCAUCAUGGGACCACUUCUAUUUUUUUAAACCCAUUUUCUUGUUUCAGGGAGCAACAUUUAUGAAAAUUUAUUUCUGGACCCCAAAAAAGGGCCGAAGCAGCAUUAGCAUCCCUCCGAAUAGCUCAGUGUCCAGCCUACUGUCUUCAUAGUGAUUAAUAUGUGACGGUCAUCCUUUCUGAACCAUAGGUGUUGAAGAGCUCACAUACAUGCCCGUAGAUGGAACUGAAAGUAGAAGGGUGUGUGGAAAGCUGGUGUAUGUGGACUCCUAUGUGACACACUGUUCGCUUUAUAUUUAAAGAUAUAACAAACGCACAUUAGCGUGGCACUAACACGAUGAACUCUUUGACCGGUCGCGUUGCUCUGGUCUAAAGGGUACUGGUGGUGUUAUGAGGGAUCCCUUCACACGUCAUCUCCUCCUCCUGCCAAUGUUUCCAUAGAGCUCUCCACACCUCUGAAGUUCUCUGUCUGCAGGAGGAGUUGGCUGGUGAAUAAAAGUAAUCUGAGCUACCGUCGUAUCGUUCAAGACCGUUUUCUAACCGUUUGCACUGCAUCAUGACGGGUAGAGUUACAGCGUUCAAAUUGAAGCCGCUCAACAGUGUUUUUGUAAUACUGUGAUGUCUGUUAGGUGAUGAGGACGAGGAGAACCCUUAGUAUGUAUUGUUUUUAGAGUAGCAUUUUAUAUCACAUAUCAGUUGCUUUAGUCCACUUCCUAAAGCGACCUCUGGAACCUGCACCAGUGCAAUCUGUAUUAAAGACGUUGGCCUUUC